AUGGCAGACGCAGUAGACAUGCCAGAGACGCCAGAGGCACCAGAGACGCGUCGCCCGCUUAGAGUGGCCGUUGAAGGAUGCGGCCAUGGAAAACUGCAUGAUAUCUACGCAGCCGUUCAGGCUUCAGCUGAGUCCCGCGGAUGGGAUGGCGUUGACUUGCUUAUUAUUGGAGGUGACUUCCAGGCUGUGAGAAACUCCAAUGACUUGACCUGCAUGGCGGUUCCAAACAAGUAUAAAGAAAUUGGAGACUUCCAUGAGUACUACAGUGGUGCUCGCAUUGCCCCUGUUCUUACCAUCUUUGUGGGAGGCAACCAUGAGGCCAGCAACCAUAUGUUUGAGCUCCAUUAUGGCGGCUGGGUUGCUCCAAACAUCUACUACAUGGGUGCCGCCAACCUGGUUCGUUACGGACCUCUCCGGAUCAUGGGCAUGUCCGGCAUCUGGAAGGGCUAUGACUACCAUCGCCCUCACUAUGAGAGAAUCCCUUACGAUGGUGACUCUCUACGCUCCGCGUAUCACACCAGAGAGGUUGAUGUCCGCAAGCUACUUCAGAUCCGUACCCAGGUCGAUAUUGGCAUCAGCCAUGAUUGGCCUCGUGGUAUUGAAUGGGCCGGAGACUACGACCAUCUCUUCAAAAUCAAAAGACAUAUCAUGGAGGAUUCCGAAACUGGAAAGCUUGGUAACGUUGCAGCCAAGCAGGUACUUGACAGACUCAGACCAGGCCACUGGUUCUCAGCUCACCUGCACUGCAAAUACACUGCCACUUUACAUCACCAGGAAUACCAACCUCCUCAAGUUGUUGUCCGCUUCAAUGAGACUGAAGAAGCUAUCGCCAAGCCUCCUGAUCUCUCUCCAUCUAUUCUAACUAAAAAAAAAGCGAAUGUUAUCCCUGAUCAUUCCAAGGAAGUUUCAGAACCAAAGGGUCCUUCAGCCCAGGACAUUCCAAUGGAUGACACUGCAAAGAAAAAUGCAUGGCGUGAUUUCCAUCACCUUGCUGCUUCUGCUGAGCAAGACGAACAGGAGAUUUUCAUGAGGGAAGUCGCAAAAUACCACAAGCAAGUAGAGGCUGGAGACAUCAAGCCUGGAAGCGACGUUACCUAUCAGUUGAAGUGGAAGAAAGUUGGUGUUGAUGACGGCACCGGCCGUGAAGUUCAAGAUGUUAUUACGACUUCUAUUGAAAAUGACAGCAACAAGACUACUGAGAUGCCCGAAGCUGUUCAGGUCAAGAAUACCGACGAAAUCAACCUGGACUUGGAUGAUGUCUCGGAGAACGACGGGCCCAAGGCCAACACUUCCGUAGUAACUGACUCUAAGCCUUUCGAAAAAGCUACAGAUGAAAAAGCACAAGAACCUGAGAGCUCUGAGGCUCAGAUUGAGACUGCCAACAACGCGAAGAAUGUUGAUUCUGUGCCAGAUGAUAUUCGUAGCCAGCUGCCUGCCAGCUUUGCUAAACCGUUCCUAAUUACAUCUGGGCCCAAGCCUAUUGUCGAGCCUACUCUCCCCGCAGAGAUCACCAAUAUUACUACUGAAUUUCUUGCAUUAGACAAAUGUGAAGGGCGCCGUCACUUUCUCCACCUCACUGAGGUCAAACCUGUCUCCAAGGACGAUGGAACCAAUGGCACUGGUCCUUACCAAUUGAUGUACGAUAAAGAAUGGCUUGCCAUCACCCGUGCCCUACACCCAGGCUUCACCGUUGGCGACAAGGCUGCCUCUGUUCCCUCUAACAAGGGUGAUGGCGGAUACAAACCUGAUAUCAUCGCCGCUGAGGAAUGGAUUGAAGAGAACGUUGUUAAGAUGGGGAAGAUGGUCAUCCCACACAACUUCACCAUCACCGCCCCCGUUUAUGACCCCACUGUCCCGGUUGAUACCCAUGACCAGCCCCCCGAAUACCUAAACCCGCAGACCGAAGAGUUCUGCAAACUAAUUGGUAUUGAAAAUGUCUUUGCUAUGCCCAAUGAACAACGUCAAGCUCAGAACGAAGCUUUGCAGAAGGCAAAUGAUUCUAACAAAGGGGGUAUCUUCCACCAGGGAGGUAGAUACGGAAACCGCGGCGGUCGUGGUGGUCGUGGCGGUCGCGGUCGUGGCCGUGGCAGAAGCGGACACGGUGGCCGCGGCGGACGUGGUCGAAACCAGUACUAA